UUUUCAGAAAUUUGGAUAUCAUGACUUCAUGAGGUUUUAUUUGUUGUGGCACACCAGCUGCUGCUUUUGCAUCCUUCCGUUUUGACGGGUUUCCUCGGUUUUUUUGGGUGUUUACUUGAUUUUUUUCCUUUUUAUUUUAUUUGCUUUGUAUUUACCUUUCUCCUUGACAUAAUUCUUAUUGAACGGGAAUUGUUGUUGAAUGAUAAUUUAAUCAGCGUUCUGCAUAAAAAUCGUUAUUAUCCGAAAUCAUCCUCCAAAGUAGUGUGCCUGACAGGAAGUUUCGUCAUCUUAAGUUAUUAUUGGAUGUUUUGGAAUCUCGUCUGUUGUCUUCAUGUUUCUUGCAUCUUGCUGUUUCAAAAUAUUAGCCUGGUUAUUCGACUGUAGCGAAUGCGUGCAGUCGUCCGUUUACCUUUCGAAACCCGUUGUGAAAUGCUGAUGGCAGCAGUCUAAAUAUUAUUAUCAUUGCCACUUGAAUUUUUGAAUUUUAUUCUUUUUUUACGAUUUUCCUUCGUAUUUCCAUCAUGAAUACGGUAUCUUCCAUGGCCUCGCUGGAGCUGGGUGCGGAGGCGUCCUCGGGGAAGCAGUGGACGCGUAGCGCCGAGGAAGUGCAGCGCGGUGUGGCGUUCAAUGUGCGCUAUGUGGGCAGCAUGGAGGUUCUGACAUCCAUGCGCUCCAUGGCCUAUGCCGACCGCGCGCAGGUGGCAAAGGAGUGCAUCAGCCGGGUGUGUGAUGCGUCCGGCAUGAAGACACCGUCCAAGAAGCAGAAAGUGGAGAAACGAAUAUCCCGCGAGCUGGGACUGCCGAAUUUGGAUCAUGCGGGCGAGGAUGUGGCGCUGCGUGUGAGCGUCGACAGAGUCGAGAUCGUUAGCUUAAACGACAACAAAAUCAUUAGCAGCCAUGAACUGCCCGAUAUCAGUUUCGCGUCGGGUGGCGAUGCCGACACGAUUGACUUCAUUGCCUAUGUGGGUAAGAGCUCGGAGCGGGCCACUUCACUACCGGGUCGGUGGUGUUACGUCAUCGAAUGCGGCACCGGUGUAUCGCAGGAGUGUGUGGCUACCAUUGGACAGGCCUUCGACUUGCGAUUCAAACAGUACAUGAAGAAGAGCACGACCAGCCCACUUGAUUCAGCUCCCGAACCGCGGACAACACAGCAGCGGAAUUCGGAAAAAACACUGCGGAACGUUGCACCGCAACCGCUGGCGUCGCCUCCCAUUGCGAUUGCGUCUGCAGCAUCUUUGAGAACGGUUCCCGUGAAAGAAAGCGCGGAUACGGACUACUACAACGAUAUGCCGGGGAAGAAAGCACCGGACUCUGAACUGAAGAGCAUGAGUGUCCCGAGCUUUGUGGCACCGCGACUUCCGCCGCCUGUUCAGCGCCACCGAACCGAGCCUAAACCGUUGCUACUUUCCAGUAACCGACCAGAAUCCAACUUGAUUGAUUUGAAUUCUCCGGGGUAUGAUAAGAAUAAGCAGGCUGAAUUAAUCCAUGACUUCGAUCCCGUUGAUUCAGCACAGCAGGCGAUGGAAAAUAGAGAUCCAUUCGAGGGCCAAGCGUUCGAUGCGCUAUUGCCGCCUUCUUUGGAAAAUUACUCAUGGUACCAUGGGCAAAUCUCGCGAAUCGAAGCGGAAAUUUACCUGCAGAAGGACGGUGACUUCUUGGUCCGUGCCACAAAAAGCCAAGUGACCCCGCUGCCACACAGCCAUCAGCAGUUCGCCUUGAGCGGCAUGCAGCAGGGUCGAAAACAUCACAUUUUAUUAGUGGAUCAUGACGGGGUCAUCCGGGCGCGCGAUGAAGAAUUUCCCUCUGUACCGGCGUUGAUCGACAGCCAUUUGUCCACACGCGAGCCAAUUCUUUCCGGGACUGAUGAGAUCUACUUACUACGCGGUAUUCCGCGCCCGAGACCGUUGUAGCGUGAGAUGAAAAAAGUGAAAACAAGAAUUAGAAGAGAUUUUCUUUUCGAGAUUUUAUUGGCGAGCUGUCUGUGGAUGGUGGUUUUUGUGUGAUUUUAUAUUUUGGAAUUGAUACUCUUCUCGGCGCUUCGUCUCAGUAGUCUGCUCUCUGUCAGUGGCGCGAAUCUCUUUUUUUGGUUCCUCCUUCGUAGUGUUUCUUCCAAGCAGAAAGGGUUGUGGUUUUUCUUUUUUUAUUGCUUUCGGGACAUUUUUGAUUUUAUUCUUUGUACCCGUACAACUUUUUAUAUUCUUGCUGUCCCUUCUUGUCACUUUGGGGUUUUCUUUUGUGUAUGCGAUAUUGCAGUACUAACAACGAAUAAGAAGUAUUUUUUCUUACUCUAAACAGCUUACGAGAGAUGUUUGAUAAUAUUAAAAUGAAUAUUUCGGAUAAAAACGUCUUGUUG